GGGAGGUGCCACUCCUGGACUCCGCUGGCCACCCCAGGCCUCCCAGCAGAGGCGACAGUGGGCUGUGCAGUGCUGGGCAGGUGGGGGAGGGGGCGCUGCGCGGGGGUCUGUGAAUGGAAUAUUAAGUUUGUGAAACGGCUGGGAAAGACUUCAUGCAGAACGAAUCCCAGGUCUGGGUGAGGGGUUUUCUAAUGUCCGGUGACAUGCUGGCUGCAUCACACUCUGCCCUCCUCCCCCUCCUGCUAGGAGAUUGCCGAAGAUGGCAGAAGCUCACCAAGCCGUGGCCUUCCAGUUCACGGUCACCCCAGACGGGAUCGACCUGCGGCUGAGCCACGAAGCCCUCAAGCAAAUCUAUCUGUCUGGAUUGCAUUCCUGGAAAAAGAAGUUCAUCAGAUUCAAGAAUGGCAUCAUCACUGGUGUGUACCCGGCGAGCCCCUCCAGUUGGCUCAUCGUGGUGGUAGGUGUGAUGUCAACCAUGUAUGCCAAGAUCGACCCCUCGCUGGGGAUAAUUGCAAAAAUCAAUCGGACCCUGGACACGACGGCCCAAGGUUGUGGUCACUGCAUGUCCAGCCAGACGAAGAACGUGGUCAGCGGCAUCCUCUUCGGCACGGGCCUGUGGGUGGCCCUCAUCGUCACCAUGCGCUACUCCCUCAAGGUGCUGCUAUCCUACCACGGCUGGAUGUUCGCCCAGCACGGCAAGAUGAGCCGCGCCACCAAGAUCUGGAUGAGUGUGGUCAAGAUCUUUUCGGGCCGAAAACCCAUGUUGUACAGCUUCCAGACGUCGCUGCCACGCCUGCCGGUCCCGGCCGUCAGGGACACCGUGAACAGGUAUCUGGAAUCGGUGAAGCCUCUAAUGAAGGAAUCCGACUUUAAACGGAUGACGGUUCUGGCAGAAGACUUUGCGGUCAGCCUUGGACCCAAAUUGCAGUGGUAUCUGAAGUUAAAAUCCUGGUGGGCUACUAACUACGUGAGCGACUGGUGGGAGGCGUACGUCUACCUGCGAGGACGAGGGCCGCUGAUGGUGAACAGCAACUACUAUGCCAUGGACUUGCUGUACGUCCUACCGACUCAGAUCCAGGCAGCGAGAGCGGGCAACGCUAUCCACGCCAUCCUGCUCUAUAGACGAAGGCUGGACCGGGAGGAGAUCAAGCCGAUUUUUCUGUUGGGAUCCACAGUUCCGCUCUGCUCUGCUCAGUGGGAGCGAAUGUUUAAUACUUCGCGGAUCCCGGGAGAGGAGACGGACACCAUCCAGCACAUACGGGACAGCAAGCACAUCGUCGUGUUCCACGAGGGGCGCUACUUCAAGGUCUGGCUCUACCAUGAUGGCAGGCUGCUGACGCCCCGGGAGAUCGAGCAGCAGAUGCAGAGGAUUCUGGACGACCCGUCGGAGCCUCAGCCCGGGGAGGCCAAGCUGGCGGCCCUCACCGCGGGAGAAAGAGUACCCUGGGCCAAGUGUCGCCAAGCCUAUUUUGGGCGUGGGAAAAACAAGCAGUCCCUUGAUGCCGUGGAAAAGGCAGCGUUCUUCGUGACGCUCGAUGAAACCGAGCAAGGGUACAGGAAGGAAGACCCGGAUGCAUCCAUGGACAGCUACGCCAAGUCUCUCCUACACGGCAGGUGUUUUGACAGGUGGUUCGAUAAGUCUUUCACGUUCAUUGUCUUCAAAAACGGGAAGAUAGGCAUGAACGCCGAGCACUCCUGGGCCGAUGCGCCCAUUGUCGCACACCUGUGGGAGUAUGUCCUGGCCAUGGACUCCUUUCACCUGGGUUAUGCGGAGGACGGGCACUGCAAGGGCGACCCCAACCCGAAUAUUCCGUACCCCACACGGCUGCAGUGGGACAUCCCGGAGGAAUGUCAAGAGGUGAUAGAGACUUCCCUGAACAGCGCCAACAUUCUGGCAAAUGACGUGGAUUUCCACUCUUUCCCAUUCCAUACCUUUGGUAAAGGGCUGAUCAAGAAGUGCCGUACGAGCCCGGAUGCCUUCGUCCAACUUGCUCUCCAGCUGGCGCAUUACCAGGACAUGGGCAAAUUUUGCCUCACGUACGAGGCUUCCAUGACCCGGCUCUUCCGAGAGGGGAGGACGGAGACCGUGCGUUCCUGUACCGCUGAGUCGUGCAACUUUGUGCUCGCCAUGGUGGACCCCACCCAGACGGUUGAGCAGAGGCUCAGGUUGUUCCAGAUCGCAUCUGAGAAGCACCAGCAUCUGUACCGACUCGCAAUGACUGGCUCUGGGAUCGACCGCCAUCUCUUCUGUCUUUACGUGGUGUCCAAAUACCUGGCCGUGGAUUCCCCUUUCCUGAAGGAAGUUUUAUCUGAGCCGUGGAGAUUAUCGACCAGCCAGACUCCUCAGCAGCAGGUGGAGCUGUUUGAUUUGGAGAGGAAUCCGGAAUAUGUGUCCAGUGGAGGGGGCUUCGGGCCAGUCGCCGACGAUGGUUAUGGCGUGUCAUACAUCCUCGUGGGAGAGAACCUCAUCAGUUUCCAUAUAUCUUCCAAGUUCUCCAGCCCUGAGACCGACUCGCAUCGCUUUGGGAAGCACCUGAAACAAGCAAUGACUGACAUCAUCAGCUUGUUUGGGUCCAGCGCCAACUCCAGAAAGUAAUUCCGCUAGAGCCGUCGUGAAGGAAAACGAGCUCUUCCGAUGAAAAACCAAAUGAAAAUUAGCUGUCGAUCCUGAUUGUAGUUCAGGAUGCAAAUUUGCUCUACAAAACUCAGAAGUUUUCCUUCCAUUGAGGGUUUGGUGUUUUUCUUUUUAUAGAACAGCAGGUCUCCACCACGUGAAGUGUAACUACUUCCUGGCAGGUCCUGACUUUGGGAAUGUUUUGAUAAAGUGCUCCCCCUCCCCAAAAGUUUUUGCAUCUGCCUGUGUUGACUGAGGGACGAGAAUAUGGUUGAGCUCUUGAAGGGAUUAGUGGGGUUGUGACUUCACACAUUGGACAUGCAAGUGGCACGUUUCCUCGGGGAGUGACCCAAGACCUGGGACUUAGGGGCAUUUCCUUUUAGCAGAGCUGCUUUUGUGCAGAGAGGAAAGUGGUCGAGUUUUGGAGAGGUUAACCAUUCGUAGCUGACGCAUGUGUAACGCACUAACGGAGAUACUGUGCUUCUGGAAACAGUUUUUGUCACUGUGGGUAACUGUGUCAUCAGCCGGUUUGGUAGCCUGUAUUUGCCUCCCUGUGUUGGAAGUGCGUAGUCCGCCCCAUCUUUAGUUUUACUGACCGUGCAAGUCUUCAAAACCCAGUGCCUUAAAAGCGGAAGGCCCUAAGCGAAAGGGAGACCGUGGGAAAGAUUUCCUGUGUCAGGUCUUCAGGUGGACUUGUGAGUGUCUUGCUCCCCUUCUCAAUUUGACGAAUGGGUAACCCUUAAAUAAGUGUUUCCUAUGGUUUCCCUGCCCCUAGAAAGGCCAGUUCCCUCCUGAGGGCAGCUGGGCUGGAUUCCCCCAUCAUCAGACUGCUUUCCUUGUGUAAUUAAGCAACAAAAGAAAGGGGGUGUGUGUGUGUGUGUGUGUGUGUGUGUGUGUGUGUGUGUGUGUGUGUG